CGCGGCUUUUUAAGAUUCGCCCCUCUUCUUCCUGAAGGCUAGUCCUCUUGAGGCAUUGCCCUGAUGGAGAUGGCAUGGGGUGGGUUGAACGUAACCCAUUUAUAAAAGUUUGUUUGUUUGUUUUCCGAAAAGCGUUUGGGGUGUUGAAAAAGAGAGGAAAAACACACCGACUGGGGAAGAGAAGAAACAGCCCGACAAGUAGAUUGCGGGAUUGCUCAAGAGGAGCAAGUGGCUUCCUGGAGUCAGCCCCAAACACUCGAUGUGGAGUUGCCAUGGAGGAAGAUUCUGGCAGCAUCAUUGUUCUGGAAGGUGAUGAAGAUGAAAGAAUCUACACAGGAGAGGAUCCCCAUUACUGUUCGAUAUAUGGCAAAAAGUUUGGGGAUCAGCCGAGCCCAAUGGAUCACGAGAGACCCAAAGCGUCCGAAAAACGAUACAAGUGCGCUGACUGCGGAAAAAGCUUCAAGAAAAGAUCGGCCCUCCUCACCCAUGACCGGACUCACACGGGAGAAAAACCCUACAAAUGCUCAGACUGUGGGAACAGCUUCAGUAACAAAUCCAGCCUUACGAGACACAGGAGGAAACAUACCGGAGAAAAGCCGUUCUGUUGCUUAAACUGUGGGAAACGAUUCAGCCAGAGCUCGAGUUUAAUCAGGCAUAUGAGGAAUCACACAGGCCUGAGGCCAUAUAUUUGCUCAGACUGUGGCAAAAGCUUCAAGCAGAGCUCCAGCCUUCUUGUCCAUGGGAGAACUCAUACGGGAGAGACCCCAUAUAGCUGUUCCAUCUGUGGGAAACGCUUUUCUCAGAGCUCCAAUCUUGUGAAACACGAGAGGAUCCAUACUGGUGAAAAGCCUUACAGAUGCCCAGACUGUGGGAACACCUUCAGUAACAAGUCUAGCCUUACGAGACAUAAGAGAAACCACACAGGGCAGAAGCCAUACAAAUGCUCCCAGUGUGGGAAAAGAUUCAAGCAAAGUUCAGGCCUUCUGAAGCACGAGAGGAUUCAUGCACAGCCUGGCUUCUCAAAAUACUCCGAUCCUAGCUUGGAUCCAGAUUCCAGCCUGCUUGUACAUGACAGAGACCAUGUUGGAGAAUCCAUGUAAAUUGUUUGCUCUAUAAGCCAAGUUUUAUUUGACAUCAGUAAAAGAGGAUAGGGUUCAAACAGAACAAAGCUGUAUUUGAAUAGUAGCAGGAAAGUGUUGGUUCAUAGCUAAAUGAAGCCUACAGAGUUCAUGACUGAGGUCUCAGCUAUAUGGGUCUUUUCUUGCUGCUUUGGAAACAGAACAAAAAGGGAAGUUGUUUGAGAUGUGGCGAUGGAGUUUCCAGAGUUCGACAGUUUUUAAUCCAUGAAAUAAUUCCCUUGGGGGAAGAGAGAGCUUGAAGAGACAAAUUAGCGAUUAUUAAUCAAAAUGCCAUAUUGUAUGGGAAAGGGAAAGAUUGAAACCUAUCUCAAGACCUGACCUACCAUUCAGUGAAGUAGCAAACGCAGGUUGGACAUUAUCAGCCCUACAAGGUAGACCAGACCAAGAAACAGACACCACAUAGACCUAGAACCACUUUUAUUAGAAUGGCUAUAGUAGCAGAAUCUUGCAAGUGUGAACGUGCUUCCCCUCCUCCCUCUGUUAUCUUCUUGAGAAUUUGGGGGGUGUCUGUUUGAGUCGUUUUUGUAAAUUUCCGUCUUUGGGCUCAAGGCAUGUUUAUCUGCUUGUUGCCUUGGUAACAGAUCUUCCCUUUCUCCAUCGAGGCCAUCCUCUAUGCUGUCUACAGACAUACCAUACUGACUGUUGGAGGACUAAGCUGUAUGUGACACGUACAGUCUAUCCUGUAUCUCCUGAAUUAGCUUCUGAUUCUGGAAUUUGCCAGGAGUAGGGAGCGGGGUGGGUUUUGGAGGGGACAAAACCAUCUUUUUCUGUCUUUGAAGCAGUCAUUGAUCUUUAGGCAACUUUGCUAUUUCUACUGAUAAGGGAAGAUUCCCUGUGCUGGAUAUUUCCUUUUUCCAUUUUAGGAUUAAUUUGAGCAGUUUGCUCUUCAUGAAAUGUUCAGUGUGAUUAGGAAAAAACUGGACCUGCUAGAACUAGGAUUUCUAUUCUAGCCAAAGAGAAGAGAAGCUUCUUCUUAGACAUGAGCAGAGAAACACCAGCUUCUAGUCUCUUUGGGUA